AUGAUGAUGUUGUGGGGGAGGGUGGGUGGAGAGCGGCCCUCUCGGGGAGGGGGAGGUCAGCUGAGCCUUCGAUAUCGAGAGGAAUCGACCACAUCAAGAACACAGCUAUGGGACCAGCAGAGGGCGUCGCAGAAAGCCUUCCUGGUUCCCUCGGCCUGGGGCUGUCGGGCUCUCCCUGCAGCAGCUCCGCAGCAGCUCCGUCUCGUCUCCGUGGUGGGGUUCUCUCUGCUGCAGCGGCUCCCGAGGUCUCCGUCCCCUCAGCCUGAGGGUCGCACGGCCAUAUUCAGCAAGAGCUCGUGCACCGUCCAGGUCAAGUUAGAGCUGGGACACCGCGCCCAGCUGCGCAAGAAGCCCACCACGGAGGGCUUCACCCACGACUGGAUGGUGUUCGUCCGCGGCCCCGAGCAGUGCGACAUCCAGCACUUCGUGGAGAAGGUGGUCUUCUGGCUGCAUGACAGCUUCCCCAAGCCCAGACGCGUGUGCAAGGAGCCCCCUUACAAAGUGGAGGAGUCGGGGUACGCCGGCUUCAUCAUGCCCAUCGAGGUGCACUUCAAAAACAAGGAGGAGCCGCGGAAGGUCUGCUUCAGCUACGACCUGUUCCUGAACCUGGAGGGGAACCCGCCCGUGAACCACCUGCGCUGCGAGAAGCUCACCUUCAACAACCCCACCUCCGAGUUCCGCUUCAAGCUCCUGAGGGCUGGCGGGGUGAUGGUAAUGCCCGAAGGAGCAGAGUCGGUGUCCAGGCCCAGCCCCGACUACCCCAUGUUACCCACAAUUCCACUCUCUGCCUUCUCUGACCCCAAGAAGACCAAACCGUCCCACGGCUCCAAGGACGCCAACAAGGAGAGCGGCAAGGCCCCCAAGCCGCACAAGGCCGCCAAAGAGCACCGCGAGCGGCCACGCAAGGACUCGGAGAGCAGGGCCUCCUCCCGGGAGCUGGAGCGCGAGCCCGCCAGGGGCCCCAAGGAGGCCGCACGCAAGCUGGGCGAGGGCCGGCUGCCCAAGGAGGAGAGGGCGCCGCCGCCCAAGGCCGCCUUCAAGGAGCCCAAGAUGGCCCUGAAGGAGCCCAAGCUGGAGGGCACGUCGCCCAAGGGCGGCCCCCCGCCCCCGCCCAAGAGCUCCGGCAAGCGGCCGGCACCGGCUGACUCGCCCAAGCCCAGCGCCAAGAAGCAGAAGAAGAGCAGCUCCAAGGGGUCCCGGGGCGCCCCGGGCACCUCGCCCCGCACCUCAUCCUUCCCGGACAAGAAGCCGGCCAAGGACAGGAGCAGCUGCAAGGGCGAGAAGGCCAAGGCCGACAGCGAGCCCCGGGAGGCGCGGAGGGCCCUGGAGGUGGAGGAGCCCCGCUCGGAGGACGAGGCCUCCUUCAAGUCCGAGUCCGCACAGUCGAGCCCGUCCAGCUCCAGCUCGGACUCCAGCUCAGACUCCGACUUCGAGCCGUCCCAGAACCACAGUCAAGGGCCCCUGCGCUCCAUGGUGGAGGACCUGCAGUCCGAGGAGUCUGACGAGGAAGACUCUUCUUCAGGCGAGGAGGCCGCGGUCAAGACCAACCCGGGCCGGGAUUCCAGAUUGAGCUUCAGCGACAGCGAGAGCGAUAACAGCGCCGACUCCUGCCUGCCUGGCCGCGAGCCCCCGCCCUCCCAGAAGCCGCCCCCACCCAACAGCCAGGCCUCAGGCCGGAGGAGCCCCGAGUCCUGCAGCAAGCCCGAGAAGAUCCUCAAGAAGGGGACCUACGACAAGAUCGUCAACCUGAUCGAGGAAACCGGCCACUUCAACGUCACCAACACCACCUUCGACUUCGACCUCUUCUCCCUGGACGAGACCACCGUGCGCAAGCUGCAGAGCUACCUGGAGGCCGUGGCCACAUGACCCUGGGCGCC